CAUCAGUGGAAGUAUGCCGAGCGAUUUGACUGUUUUACUUUUCUCACUAGUGCUGUUUCAUUCCAUCGGAAUUUUCACCACUCAGCUGGCGGGUGUUUUCGGAGGUACAUUGUUAUUAGAAAAGUUUUAUCAAUGCCCCGGGAGAGAAAGCGGACCGAACAAAAUUAGCAAUGUGGAAAUAAAGCCAUCGGGUAAAAACAAAUUUCGGAUAAAUGGAACCAUCACAGUCGGGAUACCGGUCGUAGAACCGGCCUCUAUCAUUGUAGAGAUGUACAAAUGCUCGGACAAAGAGAGACAGCACUGCCACCACCAGGUUGACUUCAAAAAUGAGGAUAUGUGUAAAAUUUUUGGACGGGAAGGCAUGCCGUGGACGAGCUUUUUUGAAGGAAUAGCUAUACCGCCAAACUGCCCAAUAAAACAGGGUACUUACUCGUUAAAUGGAGCGGAACUUGAUCUGACUAGCGUGCAAACUCUCGCUUUCAUUCAUGGUUUUUGGAAGUUGAAAUCGUACGGAAAAUCCCGAGGAAAACAGUGGCACUGCGCAAUUAUAGAAUUUGCUCUGGAGAACCAAAAGAGGAAGAAAGGAUAAUUAAGAACAUUAUUGUGUUCCUACAUUCAG